CCAUGUACACCAUUGGUUUGGAAUCAGGGUUUUCCGACUGCCCUAGGUGAACUCUCUAUGUCCAUCAACCCGGUUAAAGUGCCAAACGUUCGCUUUACAUUCAUUUAAUUUUGUAAAGAACAAUAAUGCCGUGAAAAGGCAAUGAGUAGGACUUCCUUAGCAGUGGUUGUAUGUAUGUGGCCAUGUGAGAGCAUUUCGAGAGGGAGAACUGAUUCUCUCCACUCUCGGCCGUACCAGGGCAUUUUGGGGCAAUAAUAUAUCAUGAAAUACAGUAGUCCACUAACAAAUGACAACUAAGUAGAUCAACUGGGUUUUAGAGGUAAACUGAAUAACUUUCGUAUCAUGGCACUGGAUUUGUAUAAAAUUACAUUGUAUGUGAAAGUAUUACUUGACAUGGAGUCAUGAACAAAUUAGGUAAUUGCAUUAGUCACUACGGAAUAUAUUGCUCUCAGUUUGAACUUAUAACAAGCAUUGUCAUUUGAAUAUGAAUUAUUUGUCAAUAUAGUUUAUCUGACUAAUACAAUUCUUCGUAGAUUAAUGAGUAAAGAGAUCUGAUUAUUUUCUGGUCAUAAUAUUUCUAAAGCGCAUCAUCAAAAUGAAUCUACAGAUCUUUAUUGUCUAGAUACAGACUUGAAACAUAAAUACCAAUGAAUCAUUUAUACUUACACAGUGAAUAAUGUGAUGGUUAUGGGAGCAUAAACCAAAGCAAUUAGGUAAGCUAAACGUUUAUACGUUAUUGGCUAACCUGGAUGUUUACUCUAGAGAGCAGUAGCAAAUUAAGACGUUACAUCACUAAACUUGAUAAGAUUUCAUAGUCUAUGCAGUAUCUGGUUUCAACACAAAUAUGGAUAAGCUUACGCAUAUAUUAUCUGAAACAGUUCUUAGAGCAAAAUUUACUGAGGAAGAGAUUGAAAUGGCAGCUAAAAGUAUUUCCUUUGAACUUGAAGCUUUGGAAAGAUCACCACCAGUUGAACCAAUUAUGAAUGAAUUAUUACAUGUGACUGCUUAUAAAAAUAACACACUUGGCUUGCCAAAAUAUUGUCCUAAACAGAAUUUAGAUAAAAUUAAUCGCGAAGAUAUCAUCAAAUUUGUUGCCACUCAAUUCAAACCAGAAAAAAUGGUGAUAGCUGGUGUCGGAAUUGAACAUGAUGCACUAGUAAAGUCUGUAGAGAAAUACUUUAUUCCAACAGUGCCUAAUGUAUCUUACGAAAAGGCGGCUAAUGAUCUGCCUUCACCUGUCACUACUGUCUCCGAAUAUACCGGUGGUUAUUACAAGUUAGAACGUGAUUUAUCACAAUAUCAUGCACCAAUGCCUGAAUAUGCUCAUGUUGGCAUCGGUUUUGAAUCAUGCAGUUAUACAGAUCCACAAUUUGUACCAGCAUGUGUACUUCAUUCAUUACUUGGUGGAGGUGGAUCUUUUUCAGCUGGUGGACCUGGCAAGGGUAUGUAUACUCGACUAUAUCUAAAUAUUUUAAAUCAACAUCAUUGGGUAAAUUCAGCACAGGCUGAAAAUCAUGCUUAUGCUGAUACAGGAUUAUUCACUAUUAUUGGCAGUUCAUUUCCAACUUAUCUAGAUCGUUUAGUCUAUACUUUGAUUAAUGAAUUGCACCAUACUAUAUCAUCUUCAAUAUCACAUGAAGAGUUGUCGAGAGCUAAACAUCAGUUGAAAUCUAUGCUUCUAAUGAAUUUAGAAACUCGUGCUGUUAGUUUUGAAGAUAUUGCUCGUCAGGUGCUUACAUCUGAUGUGAAACGUGAACCACACUAUUGGGUUGACCAAAUAGACAAAGUAACAGAAAAUGAUCUUCAUGAACUUCUUCAUCGUAUGAUUUAUCGAUGUAAACCAACAUUAGUCGGUUUUGGAAAAGUUGACAAAUUACCAUCAUUAGAAGAUACUGUUUCUCUAUUAAAUAAUGAAUCAUAUAAAGAGAAGAAAUUAAAGACAAAAUAUAAAAUGUCUAGUAUAUUUAAAGGAUUGAUUUAAUUUCAUCUUUUCGCGUUUUUCUCUCCAUCCCUUUUUUCACUUGUCAUAUGUGUUCUCUUAUAUAAGAGAACCCAUAUGAUUUGUAAAUUAUUCAAUAUAACUGGAUGAUGAUUAGUUGUGUAAGUGAAU